UUUCAUCAGACAUUGAUUAUUAGCUCAAGGUUGCAACCUUCACUGGAAUAGAACAGGGUUUGAAAAUGUUUCUCUGCUUUUAUGGCACAAUCUUUUCUUAAGGUUUCUAACAACUUUCAUUAACCAGAAGCCCUUGUCUUAAAAGAUCUGAUUGCAUUAAUAGGAAUGAAUCUUUCACAGGUGUCACAUUUCACGCUAAGUGCCUACAUUGAUAUCGGCCUGUUAAAGUAUGCAGUUUUCCUUUUCCUUGUGAGUGUUUAUAUUAUAAUCUUAUUUUCUAACGUGCUGCUGAUCGUGGUGAUCUGUGUGAAUAAGAGCUUACAUGAACCUAUGUACAUGUUUCUGUGCAGCCUGUUUGUGAAUGAACUGUACGGCAGCUCAGGCUUGUUCCCCUUCCUGCUGGUCCAGAUCCUCUCUGACGUUCACAUUAUUUCUGUUCCUCUCUGCUUCCUGCAGAUAUUCUGCCUCUACAUGUAUGUAAAUGUGGAGUUUUACAACUUGGCUGCCAUGUCUUAUGACAGAUAUCUGGCCAUCUGUCAUCCUCUGCAUUACAACACGCGGAUGCAGAUGAACACAGUUAUCAGGCUGGUUGUGUUAUCAUGGUUUCUUCCUCUGCUGAACAUAAUUGUGAUGAUUUCUCUGAAUGCGUCCUCUAGGUUGUGUGGGAAUGUCAUCAACAGAGUUGUCUGUGUCAAUCAUUAUAUUACAAAGUUGGUGUGCAGCGAUGCAGCAGCCAGCAACAUCUACGGACUGAGCUACACCUUCACUGUUCUCAUCGGUCUUGCUGCAUUGAUCGUCUACACAUACAUGAGGAUCCUGAAGGUGUGUUUUUCAGGAUCCAAACAAACCCGGCAGAAAGCCGUCAGCACCUGCACACCUCACCUGGCCUCCCUGCUGAACUUCUCCUUUGGCUGCUUUUUUGAAAUACUGCAGAGCAGGUUUGACAUGAGCAGUGUUCCCGGGGUUCUGCGUAUCAUUUUAUCAUUAUACUUUGUCACCUGUCAGCCACUUUUUAACCCAGUUGCAUAUGGGCUUAAACUUAGAAAAAUACGUUUAACCUGUGAAACUCUCUUCUCUGGUCGGAAAUAACCUGUUUUCUUUUUUUGAAGCAUAUUUUAACAAUUUUUCAACCAGCCUAAAAAAAUGAUCAGUACUAAUGUUACAGUGUAUUUUAUUUGCUUCUGAAUAAAUCUUUUGUUGAAGUUUUUGGAUCUGUUACAAACCUCCAACUGAUCUGUGUUUUU